CUGACGAGUAUCGACCAGGCUGCUGUGGUGUUCAAACACUAUGAUCCUGUGAGCAGGAGGCCGUACGAGACUGUGGAGCUGGGCCCACCUGGGUGGCUUCUCUACAAUGGGGCCAGUGUGGCUGUGUCUGCUGAUAGCUGAGCUCCUGCUUCCUGUCCAUUGUCAGCCAUCUUCUGCCCAUGGAGAUAAGAGUCUAGGGGCACCUCGACCAGCCAGCCACCAGUCCCUGGAGCCAGCACCCACCUAUCACAAAGUCACACCCACCAUUACUAAUUUUGCUUUGCGUCUAUACAAGCAACUAGCAGAGGAAAUACCAGGGAACAUCCUCUUCUCCCCCGUGAGCCUCUCCAGCACCGUGGCUCUGCUCUCUCUGGGGGCACAUGCUGACACCCAGGCUCAAAUUCUGCAAAGCUUGGGCUUCAACCUCACAGAGACCCCAGCAGCUGACAUCCACCGGGGCUUCCAGAGCCUCCUGCACACGCUUGACCUGCCCAGCCCCAAACUGGAACUGAAACUGGGGCACUCUCUGUUCCUAGACAGGCAGCUAAAGCCUCAGCAACGCUUUCUGGACAGUGCCAAGGAGCUGUAUGGAGCCCUGGCUUUUUCCGCCAAUUUCACGGAAGCAGCUGCCACAGGGCAGCAGAUCAACGACCUAGUGAGGAAGCAGACCUACGGGCAGGUGGUGGGCUGUCUCCCGGAGUUCGGUCGUGACACCCUUAUGGUUCUCUUGAACUAUGUCUUCUUCAAAGCCAAGUGGAAGCAUCCCUUUGAUCGCUACCAGACUCGGAAGCAGGAGAGCUUCUUCGUGGACCAGAGGCUGCAGCUCCGCAUUCCCAUGAUGCGGCAGAAGGAAAUGCAUAGGUUCCUGUAUGACCAGGAGGCAUCGUGCACUGUGCUCCAGAUCGAGUACAGCGGCACCGCCUUGCUGCUGCUGGUCCUCCCUGACCCUGGGAAGAUGCAGCAGGUAGAGGCUGCCCUCCAGCCAGAGACGCUAAGAAGGUGGGGCCAGCGGUUCCUGCCCAGUCUGUUGGAUUUGCACCUGCCACGGUUUUCAGUUUCUGCAACCUACAACCUGGAAGAGAUCCUGCCCCUCGUUGGCCUCAGCAGCCUCUUUGACGUGGAAGCUGACCUAUCAGGAAUUAUGGGGCAGCUCAACAAAACUGUCUCCAGGGUAUCACACAAGGCCGUCGUGGACAUGAACGAGAAGGGAACUGAGGCCGCAGCUGCCUCUGGCCUGCUCUCCCAGCCCCCAUCCCUGAACAUGACAUCAGCCCCACACGCCCACUUUAACAGGCCCUUCCUGCUUCUGCUCUGGGAGGUGACCACCCAGAGUCUGCUCUUCUUAGGGAAAGUAGUCAACCCAGCUGCUGGGUAAUUGUGUGGUGGUGGGGGCCACAGGAAGGGUAACCCAACCUGCAUGGCAGGACCCCUGUGCUGCGGUUCUAAUAAAUCUGAAUUUGGCUGUGCAAA